AUGGACAGCUUAGGGCAGACCAGAUUUGAUACUGUAGAAGUAAGAUUUGGUUUUCCUUUAGAACGAUUUCAUACUGGAACUGGACCAUUUUACAAUAAUUUCCUUGAUCAAGUAGAAAUAAUACCUCGCACUAAUGAUCACGUACCAACGCCUCAAGCAAGAGUAUUGGAACUUAUGGAUCAAGCCAAUAGAAUAGUCAGGGACGUAAAGUCAUUAGGAUUUCUGGGCACAAAUUCCAUUGCAAGCAUGCUACAAGACGAUGCCAGUACCAACAGACAAUUUGAACAACACGAUCCAUUACAAGGAAACGUACUUGUAACAACCCAUAUUCCAGAAACUGAUUACAAACUGUUUAUAUUUGCAACGGGUGAAUCUUUAUCUCGAAUCGUGAUUGCGAUAUCUCGUUAUUCUGAUUUUUCUUUAAGCAAUGACUCGAAAAUCAGUUUACCAUUAGACGAGCUUGAUAUUAUUACAGUUGUAGAUCUACAGUAUCCAGUUCGACAGAUCACGAUAUCACCUUUAUCUAAUCGCGAACAGAUUAUAUUUGCUGUACGAACUACUUCCACCAUUUCACUCUAUUCAGUAAACGACAAGCGUGAUUGCCAACUGUUGCAUACUUUUAUCUUUUAUGAAAGAACAGUGACCAGUCCUCAAAUAGACUAUUCCAUGCCAAAUCAUGUAGUGAUGAGCCCAUAUAAGAAAUAUGAUUAUCUGUGUGUCACGACAAAUGGAUACGUUGCAUUGGUAGAUGGGAAAAAGGAUGAAAUUUUAUUUGAGGGAAGAGAUAAUACAACAAAGAAGAUUACUGAUUAUCGCUCAAAUCAUUGGUUAUGUGCUUUUGGAAGUACACCAUCCACUUACUUGAUAGUAUCUCCUGAAAGUAUAAGGCAAUGGACAGUAAAGGGAACGACAAUUGAGACAAAAACUAUUACAGCUUUUGAAGAUCGUAUUUAUGCAUUUCAAGAGUUUUCUGGGACAUCGUUAUAUUGCUAUUCAACAUUGAUGUAUGUUUAUAUUAUGGACAUUGAUGAUAAAAGACCAAUUGUUCGAUGGAGGCAUAUGAUGAGAGAUGGACCUCCAACUUGCCUACUUGUUGAUAGACUAAAGGAUAAUGAAUGGAGACUGUCUGCUUUCUCACCACACAAUCAACAUUUACAUUUGAUGAAUGUAAAGUUCUUUGAUCGCUCUACCAAACCCGAAAUUGGUCUCAUACGGUACCUUAGACUCAAAAAGAUGCCUUGUGAAAAUGAAGUCGAACCAGGCCUUCAUAUACCUGCGCAUGGAUUUUCUAUAGAGUCACACCCUAUUAUCAAUGGAGAUCGACCCACUUAUUUUUACAGCGUAUAUCGAUCAUUUGAUAAUGGGUCUCUUCAUGUGCAAUACAUCACCAUCGAUACAGAGCUAGCAUCAGCUAAAUUACAGCUUGUUCAAAAACCAAGAUAUUAUCUCGAAGGCCAUGAGUGUAUUCAAAAAUUGCAUUCCAACAUCAAGAUGGCGUUUUUACCAGAACACAGUUUAGGAAAGAAAUAUCUGAGAGAAGUGUAUCGGAUCAAUACCAAUCAAAUAUACAAAUACCUCAAUGAAAUAAACCCAGGAUCACAAUCGAUAGAUGACGAAACCAAGUUGGAGAUAGCAGAGAAAGUGAGAAGACUCGAAUCAUGCACGACUCUACAAGAGCUGAUACAAGAUGAAUCUUACUCUCUACAACACAUUACAUCGUUUGUGAAUGAAAUGAUGCUUAUGGAAAAUAUAGAAAUGGAUAGACCACCUGAACUACCUUCUAUUUCCAAAGAUCAAAGUAAACCGGUGGAUGUCGAUCUUCGAUCAAGACUACAGGCUGCACAUAAAAAGGAAAUAGAAACAUCAAGGAUGAUUUUACAUCGUCCACGAUCCAGUCUAGAUCACUUUCAAUAUCUUCCUUCUCAUGUAGAGCUAAAGCCUACAACAACAACGCGCAUCAUGGGAUCACUGUGGAAAAUUGGCGAGAAAGCUGGACAAGACCUCGUCUUUCCUGUUGUGGAUACAAAUGCGCGGUUACCAGCUCAUGUCCAAUUUCCACCUGCCAAGGAGACAAGUACUCAUAAUUUGGCACGUCGUCGUAGGCAUUCAGAGAUUUCUGGUGAUCUUGGCUGGCAUGAAAAUAUGGAAUACAGUAUGCCUACUGUUGUCAGCGUCAACAAGUCUUUAAAUAAUCAUACGACAACAACAACAACAACAACACGUCCAGUUGAAUAUUUAACACAGCCUUUGCCUGGUGCAUUUGGUUCACGGCCCACCAGUUCUUCCAAAAUGGAAAAGAAGAAGAAGAAGAAGACCAAAGUGGCUGGCUUCAAGUAG